GCUCCUGCUCUCAUGCGCCCCGCGUGUGCGCCCUCGCGCCCCGUCGGCAGGUGUGCGCCCGCCCCGCCCCGUCGCUGGGCGUGCGCCCGCCGCUAUAAAAGGCCCCCCGCCCGCGCAUACCUCCACGGUGGACCCAAUGACAAUCCCCACCAUUGCCCGCGCCCACCUCUCUGCCGACACGUACGACUACUGCGACGUCCUCGCGACCGUCGCAGAAGACUCCACUCACGCCGAGCUCUGGACCGCGGGAAACAUCGACAGCCCUCACCCUCUGUUCGUCAUCGACCACGCCCUCCUCCAACUCACCCUCUGCCCCCUCAACAACCUCACGCUCACCAACGUCGACGCGUCAAUUCGCGUCCCUUCGCUCCUCUCAUUCCACAUCCUCUCCGGCUGGUCUCACCUCAGCCGCCUCGCCUUUGUCGGAUGCAGCCACACAUCCGCCUGGCUCUCCCUCCUCCGCGCCGGCGCCCUCCCCGCCCUCGACCUCCUCGUCCUCUCCCAUUCCGACUAUGAUCUCCACGCCCUCGUCGACGCCCUCUCCACGCGCGUCGCAACCCACCUUCGUCCCCCCUCAACCUCCAGCUCACUCGCACCCGAUUCAGCCCUACUCCCGCCGGUCCAGCUUGGCCCCAGGUCCUCGCAUCCGUCAGCGCCGUCCGCUGGGAGCAGUGCUUUUGCACCAUGUCGACCCGAUGCUGGCUGCCGGAUGAAUUUGACGACACCGAACCGCCCACUACCGACGACGACGACAUGCGCGACGACGAGUCCUGUAGCGGCGGCUCCGAAGAUGGCGGCGGCUCCGAAGACAGCGGCUAAAGUGACGCAGAUGGCGGCUACAGCGACGCAGACGACGACCACGGAGACAACAGCGACGCAGACGACGACAGCGACGAAGAGCUAG